AUGGAGGUGAAUUUUAUCACCCUCCCUUGGAUUUCCAGACUCCUCACCCCUGAAUCACAGAUCCGAGAGCAGGAUCAUAGAUCAGUCUCCGGGAACCAGCAAAACAAAACAAAAACAGGACGAAUGAAAUCUGGGCAGAAAUCAAGCGGGAAGCCGACCUGCGCCACCGAGGAACAGCGACUUGGAGGACCCCGGAGGCUUCGCCACCACGGGAGGGAAAACGAAGCCCUCGAUAUCCAGCUCCGACACGGCGGGGAGCUCCACUGUCACCAUCCUGCUAUCUCCUUCUCUCUCUCUGAUCAUACAGAUCAAAUUCUGGGGCCCGUAAAUAUAGCAAAAAGAUGGAGUGGCAGUUUUAGUAGUUUAAGGGUGAACGAAGGGCAGGGUUGUGGUUUGGUAGAGAGAACCCGUGGAGAGGUGGGUGGGCUUUUAGGUACACCUGGAAACGCCUUGACCAGGGGAGUAGCACGCAUGGACCGACAGGUGGCGGGUAAACGAGGAAACACGAAGAUUGUGGCCGUUGAAUCCGAUAUAUCGUUCUAAAAAGUCGAGGCCCAGAUUAUCUGCAAAGAUUGGGAGAAAACCACUAUCCGAAAUUGGCCAAAAAAUGAUGCGACCACAGUGGGAGUCGAACCCACGACCUUCUGAUCCGAAGUCAGACGCGCUAAUCCACUGCGCUAUGCGGUCUGAAUAUUACUAACCGAAGAAGUAUCAUAUUGAUUCAAUACCCGCUGACUACCGCCCUCGUGAUAAAGGUGGCUGACGUGUAUGUCCGCUGACCGAUCCCCGUUCCACGUCCACAAUUAUCUUCUUCCGCGUCUUCCCUCCCGCUGACCGUGGUCGCAGCCCUGUGCCCUUCCAUCCUUUUCAUACUGAUUUCCGGUUCUUUCCUCUCCAAUCUUCCGGUUCUUCGAGACCUGCAGCAUCUCGCCAUGGUAGAUUCAAACCCUGUUCUCUCAUCUCUCACGCGAUUUCUUCUUCUUCUUCCUAAUCUCAUUUACCUUCGUGUUCUUCUCUGUUCUUCACCGUUGACAGGAGAAAACCACCGAGAAUAGCCACGAAUGGCACUACGAUGAGGUUCGUCUUCCGACUCCUGUCGGCGAAAGAGAAGGCUAAUUCCGGGAUAAUUUUCCGACGAUUCAACUGUUUUCCGAUGGUUGCAGGAAUACGUGGAGAACUCCAGAGGGAUGAAGCUCUUCACAUGCCGGUGGCUCCCCAAGAACAGAGACCCAAGAGCCCUGAUCUUCCUCUGCCAUGGUAAUCUCUCUCUCUCUCUCUCUCUCUCUCUCUCUCUCUCUCUCUCUCUCUCUCUCUCUCUCUCUCUCUCUCUCUCUCUCGAUCUGCUUCGACCCAUCUGGUAUCUGAUCUGAUCGUCUUCGUCUCAACGAUGGAUUUGGAGCAGGGUACGCAAUGGAAUGCAGCAUAUCGAUGAGAGGUGGGUGCGUCAGAAUCUCGUGAUAAUAUAUCAGAUUUGCUUGUUCUACAGACGGUUGACGAGCUAGGGUUUUGAUAUUCGCCUUCAGGAACCGCAAUUCCUCUGACGAGAGCUGGCUUCGCGGUCUAUGGUAUAGACUACGAGGGCCAUGGGAAGUCCUCCGGGCUGCAAGGAUAUGUGGAGAGCUUCGACGCCGUCGUUGACGACUGCUCCGAACACUUCACCGGCAUCUGCGGUGAGAACAAGAAGGAAGAAGAAACCGUAGGAUGAAAUUUUUGCCUAUGUCAUCUCUGAUCGAUCGAACGGAUGAUGAACAGAGAGGCCGGAGAACAGGACGAAGAAGAGGUUCCUUCUCGGAGAGUCGAUGGGGGGAGCUGUUGCCCUUCUCCUGCACAGGAAGCAGCCGACGUUCUGGAACGGCGCUAUCUUGGUAGCCCCAAUGUGCAAGGUCCUCUCUCUCUCUCUCUCUCUCUCUCUCUCUCUCUCUCUCUCUCUCUCUCUCUUUCUCUCCUGUUCAUGUAAUUCUCUUGAUGUUUACAGAUUUCCGAGGAGAUGAAGCCCCACCCGAUCGUCAUUAGUAUAUUAACCAGGCUCUGUAAGGUCAUCCCUACGUGGAAGAUCAUCCCCACCAAGGACAUCAUCGACACCGCCAUUAAAUGCCCGGAGAGGAGAAUGGAGGUACGUAACCACAAAAUUCUCUCUCUCUCUCUCUCUCUCUUCCCCCAUCCUCCAGCUCUUUCUCACACUAACCGCCCCUUUGUUCACGGCUGUAAUUCCGGUCAACCCUUCUUCUCCCUCGUCGGCAGGUCCGCAACAACCCAUACUGCUACAAGGGAAGGCCCCGGCUGAGGACCGGACACGAGCUCGUCAAGGUCAGCCUUCAGAUGGAGGAGAAGCUCCACGAGGUAACUAUAAAAGAUCGUCCGAGAUAUUUCCGCGUGUCAACGCCCACAAGCCGCCUCUGAUGACGGCUUUAACGGUGCAACUUCGUGAAGGUAUCGCUGCCGUUCAUCAUCGUCCACGGCGGCGAGGACUCGGUGACGGACCCGGCGGUCAGCGGGCUGCUGUACGAGACGGCGGCGAGCGCCGACAAGACCUUCAAGCUGUACCCGGAGAUGUGGCACGCCCUCACGUCCGGCGAGCCGCCGGAGAACAUCGCCGUCGUCUUCUCCGACAUCGUGACGUGGCUCGACGAGCGCUCCGGCGGCGACGCCAGGGCGAGCUCCGAGCUGGAGCAGAAGGCGGGGCACGACAGCCGACACGUGCCGGUGACCGGCAAGCCGCCGCCGCCCCCGGAGGAUGCCCACCGGACCAGGGCGUGCUGA